AGUUGGGAUUUAUACCUCACCCCAAGAAGUCCGUCACUGUCCCAACACAAAUUCUUGUGUUUCUUGGGUUUAUACUUAACUCAAUCAACAUGACAGUCUCCCCAACACAGGAGAAAAUAGACAAGACAGUGGCCGCUUGCAAACUAUUGUUAGCUAAAGCUGCAACUACAAUACAACAGGUUGCAGAAGUAAUUGGUCUAUUAGUCUCCAAUUUCCCUGGAGUGGAGUAUGGGCCUUUGCAUUAUCGAGAACUAGAAAUGGCUAAAUCUGCAGCAUUAACAUUAGCUUGUGGGGUCUAUGGCGCUAAAAUGACAUUAACUGAUAGGUGCAAGCAUGAAUUGGAAUGGUGGAUUACAAAUCUACCAAAUUCCACUCGUAAGAUUAUUCAUGGUAAACCAUUUGCUAUCAUUCAAUCUGAUGCUUCUACACAAGGAUGGGGGGCAGUCCGAGAGGGUACCUCUACAGGGGGUAGAUGGAGUAUCAUUGAACAACAGGCACACAUCAAUGUGCUAGAACUCAAGGCAGCCUUUUUUGCCUUGAAAUCACUCUGUGUCAAUGACAGAGAUGGGCACAUUCAUUUGCAGCUUGAUAAUACAACUGCAGUUGCUUAUCUUAACAAAAUGGGGGGGACACAAUCUAGACCUCUCAACCAGUUAGCAGUUGAAAUCUGGCAGUGGUGCAUUGAAAGGAACAUUUGGAUCUCUGCAACUCAUAUAGCUGGCAAGGUUAAUGUUGAGGCAGAUAGAAUGUCUCGAGUAUUUCAUGAUAAGAAUGAGUGGAAGUUAAAUAAGCAAACAUUUCAGAACAUCUUAACAAAAUUUCCCAGCCUGGAAGUUGACUUGUUUGCAAGCCGAGUAAAUUUCCAACUUGCACAAUAUGUUGCAUGGCGACCAGAUCCUGGGUGUAUUGCAGUUGAUGCUUUUACAUUAAACUGGGAUACUAAGAUGUGUUAUGCCUUUCCACCAUUUAGUUUAGUUCCUCGUUGCUUGCAAAAGACACUACAAGACCAAGCCUCAGGAGUACUAAUCGCUCCCUUCUGGCCGACCCAGGCCUGGUUUCCACAACUAUUACAGCUACUGUUCGAUCAACCAUGGAUCCUCGCACCAUCAACAAACCUCCUGCAGCACCCAGUUCAGUUGAUAUCACAUCCACUAGCCAAAACCCUUCGCCUGAUGGUUUGUCCUGUCUCCGGAAUCGCUUCGCGGCAGAUGACCUUUCAGAAGAAGUUACAGAUAUCAUUAUGUCAUCUUGGAGAACAGGUACCAAGAAACAAUAUUCCACCUACAUCCAAAAGUGGUUGGACUUUUGUCGUCAAAGGACGAUUGCUUGUCAUUCACCAACAAUGAACCAAGCUCUGUCGUUUUUGAGGAUGUUGUUUCAACAGGGACUGAGUUACUCUACUAUAAACACUGCACGUUCAGCAUUGUCAACCAUAAUUUGUUUGCCAGAUGGUCAGGGUUUUGGAUCCCAUCAUAUAGUUGUCAAGUUUAUGAAGGGUAUAUUUGAACUGCGGAAACCAAAACCUAAGUACAAUUCCAUAUGGGAUGUCUCUGUGGUUUUAAAGUAUCUGGGAACUUUUACACCCAAUGAAGAACAGACACUAAAAAAUUUGACGUUGAAGUUAGUUAUGUUAUUGUUACUGGUGACAGGGCAGCGAGGUCAAACAAUACACUGUCUUAGUCUCAGUAAGAUGACCUUAAGCGAGACCUCAUGCGAGUUUCAAGUUCUGGAGCAUAUGAAGACUAGUAAGCCAGGAUCAGGGACUACGAUCCUCAAGAUUGAGCAGUACACACCUGACAAAAAUAUUUGUCCUAUCUUAGUUUUAAGAGAGUACCUAAAAAGAACCAAAAGUGUACGUGGGGAUAAUAAGCAACUUUUUGUAAGCUAUCAAAAACCAUAUCAACCUGUGUCAAGAGACACAAUAUCAAGAUGGGUUAAAAUUGUCCUUGAUAAUGCUGGGAUUGACACCACAGUAUACUCGGCACACAGUACUCGAGCGGCUGCCACAUCGAAAGCUUACCAAAGUGUACCAUUGGACAUAUUGAUAAAAUCAGCAGCAGGUUGGAGCUCAGACAGUACAUUUCAAAAAUACUAUAAUAAGCCUGUAGCCUCUGAUAUAACUAUGACUGAGGCAGUACUUACAACAUGUUGAGUUGAUAAUAAUAUGGUUUUGUUCACCAUGUCUCAUGCCUAAAUUUGGUAUAUGUCAUUGCUGGGUACAUCAGGGCUUUAAAGUCUCAUGGGAUCUCCUGACUCGGUGCCAUGUGAUAGAAUUGGAAAAUUAAACGAGACUUACCUGUAAGUUGAAGUUUGAUUGGAAUUCUAUCACAUGGCACAUAGAGUCAGGAGAUUACAUGCCCACCCUGCAUCAUCAGAUGUAUAAUAUAUGUACAUAUUAUAUUGCCCAUGUCCCUACUUUGGGUUUAUCACUGGGUGUAUUGGAAUUAUCAAUAUCACUGUGUGUAUUUGUACUGAUGAACCCAGCAAAAUGCUUUAAAGAAUGAACCCGCGCAUGCGCCGUGCUAUCUCAUGUAAUCUCCUGACUCUAUGUGCCAUAAUUAUUAUUAUUAUUAUUAUUAUUAAAUUGAAACCACAUUGCAGCCAGAAGCUGAAUUGCGUGGAUUACAUAUUAUCACAUGCACUACAUAUAAAUAUAUUAUUAAUACAAUAUUAUAAAACCCACCCACGAUCAAAAUUCGAUUAAAAUAAGCAUAAAAUCUAUCCUACAAACUUCCUACACAUAGCAGGGAUAAAAGAGUUAUAAAAGCGGUUCGUGCGUGUAACGUACAUAUUAAAAUACCGAUUCGUCCUGAAAGAAUAAUCAGUCUCGUUCUUCGGGGGCAGCAGAUGAUGAAGUUUAUGCAUUGGAUCCUUGAUGAUACUCGUAAAGAGUUUGUCACACAUGUCCUCUCUUCUUUGAAAUAGAGUAGGCAGUCUAAAAUACUCAAGGGCCUCACAAUAUGUCAUUUCAGGAGAUAAAAUUUUUAGCACACGUUUCUGGACAGUCUCAAGUUCGUCUGCCAAAUACUUUGGGAUGGAAUGAUGGAAGGCUUGCGCACAAUACUCGAGCACAGGCCUGAUCACUGUACAAUAAAAGUUCAAGACAUCAUUGACAUUUACGCUUGCCCGUUUCAAUAGUACUAUAAAAUAGAGGCGUUUAUUAGCUUUCUUUAUACUCUCUCUGAUGUUAUCUUUCCACUGAAGUGUGCCUGUCAUAACAAGACCCAAUAUUUUUGCACUCUCAACUAUAGGCAAUGCUUCUCCACCCACCAGUACAGGAUCAAAAUGUUGUUUAAUUCUUUUAAAAUCGAUUCUCAGUUCUUUACAUUUCUCAGUGUUAAGAGAUAGCCCAUUUGCCUUCGACCAAUCUUCCACAACAUCAACUGCGACUUGAACACGGCUCUCUGUGUCCUUACUAACUACUUCAGCAACUGUUGUGUCAUCAACAAACUUCCACCUCGAUAUAUCACAAAUAUCAAGAUCGUUUAUCAUUAAACAAAAUAGCCAGGGCCCUAAUUUUGUACCUUGAGGGAUACCGGAAAGUACAUCUCCCCACUCCGAAUAACAGUCAUUGGAUAAUUUCACUCUCUGCUUUCGAUUCAUCAAAAAAUCGAUUGUCCAGCGAGCAACCGCACGUGGAAUAGCUAAAUUGGAAAUUUUAUCAGCCAGUAAAGCAUGAUCGAUAAGGUCGAAUGCUUUUCUAUAAUCGAACAGGAUGACUCUGACAGCAGAGCCAGUGCCAUCAGUAACUUGCGACCAUUCAUGGAUCAUAGAUAUAACAGCGAGAGUAGUUGAACUUCUUGGUAUUACUCCAUAUUGACUUGGAUCGAUUAUACUCAUGAUAGCUGGAGCAAUGUAUUUUUUAACAACACAGUCCUCGGCGAUUUUCGAAAUAGCGGCAGUAAGUGAAAUUGGUCGUAACUGCUUACAAAUGUCGCUAACGGGCUUAGUUUUUAUGAGCGGCACAAUGUUGGCAAGCUUCCAAGAUUUAGGUAGUUGUUGUUCGGCAUAGCUGCUGUUUAGCACAGCGCAUACUGGCUGUGCAAGGAUUUCAGCAUAUUCCUUAAGAGCCCAAUUGGGAAUUUCGUCAGGACCUGACGCCUUUCCACGAUUAAUUGCUUUCAGUAAAUGAAAGACUUCCAAUUCGUUCACUUGAAAAGAGGAAUAAUUAUCAAAGGGGGGAAGGGUUGCCAGUGGAUUGAAGGAGUUCAUGGGCUCCAAAAAGGCGUUAUUAAUUAAAUUCGCAAUGUCAGGACGUUGCAUAUUCUCGAUAUCGUCUAAAUGAAGUUGACUACAUAGGUCAUCGGAGCCGGUUGUAGGUACCAUACCAGCAAUCUGCUUCACCUCCUUCCACCAUCUCUUCGGUUUGGUCGAUUUAAGAUUCUUUACUUUUGAAGAGUAGAAUUUCGCCCGGCAUGUCUUUCGCUCGCGGUUAACCCGAUUCCGGUAAUACUUGAACUGAAAGGUAUUUCCACUGCAGAAGGCAGCUUGACGCUUCCUUAUAAGCUCUUUAAAUUCUGCAGUAAUCCAUGGAGGAUCGUGUACAUGCAAAGCCGUUUUCUUUAUUGGCAUAAUGGUGCUAAUACCGAGACGUACUAACUCUUCGAAAUACUGGAGUUUCAUUUCGCAUGUGUCAAAAUGAUUCAGAGAGGACCAAUCGAUAGAUGUAAGGUAUCUUCCAAGCUCAUGCCUUUUACUAGAUCGUAAAUCUCUACUAGAGAUAAUUCUUCUACUGCAUGACUUCUCUUUUGCAAGGAUUGACAAUCACAACAUUAUGAUCUGAAAGACCAAAUGGCGGAAAUUUUUCGACAGAGUUCUUAUCAUAAAACGAAUGUAAGUUGGUUAUUAUUAGAUCCAAAGUCUGGUUGGCCCUUGUGGAAACGUUAACAAUCUGUUUGCAACUGAACUGUGUUAAUAUCCGAUUGCAUUUUAACCGAUUAAAGUCGCCUGCAAGAAUAAACCCGCAGCCAGGAUAAGUGCUUUCAAUAGUAAUCAGUGAUGUGGAGAGAAAUUGGAGCAUUUCAUCAUCAUUAGCAUUAGGUGGAUGGUAAACGACACCAAGUAUCAAGCAGGAAAACCCACGGGGAAGUCUACUUGGACGAACAUAGACCCACAGAACUUCGUAAUCUAUAUGGUGGAGAUGAUUCAGAGGCUUAUAAAAUAUCGUGUUCCUGAUGUACACCCCAACCCCUCCGUGGGAGCCCACACUGCGGUUUUUAUGAACAAAAUUGUAACCUGGAAUAUCGAGGCAAAAAUCUGAGAUACGGUCAUUUAGCCAUGUUUCCGUUAUACAGGCAAGGUCAGGACUCUUUUCUGUGACAAAACAACUCACUUCAUCAAUUUUGGGAGCUAAUGACAUCGUAUUUGUCAAUAAUAGUUUCGGAACGUAGAAAUAGUCAUUAGCAUUGGAAAUAACAGUUUUAUUAAUGUUAAUUUGAAUAAUAUUGUUUAAAUUACGUUGUCCGCGAUGAAUUGAAGUAGGGCGACCUGAUAGGGAAAAAUCAUGUUCUAGUAAUAAUACUGGAAAAACCUCAUAUUGGCUUUCCAUUUGUCCUUGCGAAAACCCUCCUCAGUCUGGUUGAUUCUAGCGCCAUGUUUAUUUCGUCGCCACGUCGAUUUCUUUGAUGGUGUUCUAUGGGUAACGCGAGUCGGGAUGGCAUAACAGUUAGUUAUGUCCGAAAUUUCCGUAUGUUUUGGGAAUUGACUUACUUGACCAGCAUGUUUUUGAGGCUCCUGCUUAUCAACUUGUUUUGGUGGUAUUCGAGGGUUAGGUGGUAAUUCUUGAGAUGUAAUAUAUUUAUUAGUACAGGUAUUCUCUUGAGUCGGAGGCGCGUGUUGAUUUCUAAUGCAAUUAGUGCUGAGUGUCUCCAAAAUAAUGCAGGAAUGAUCAUGACAAAGCCCAUUGUCAGUUUCUUUACUCGUUUGUUCUAACUCGUGUAGGUUUAGUACCUGUUCGAGUUGUAAGAUUUUUGUUUCGGCAACCGUUAGCUCAGAUUCAAGUUGCUUGGUUUUAUCUUGUUCAUCAUGCAGUUCCCUUUCAAGACGCUUUAAUUGAGUAUCAUAACAAACAUUGGAAAGGCACUCAGACCGCAAAUUUGCCAGAGAUUGUAAUGCAUCAUUACGACUCAUUACAAUGUCAUCAUUUAGAUUCGAUCCUAUUAUGUUAUUGUUUUCCUCAUGACGUUUUUGCAAUCCGGAGGCGUUUUGAUUGUCCAAAUUUGAAUAUUCGACAGCUUUAGGCGAACAUUGAAUCGUAUGUUGGUUUUUCAACAACUGAAACUCUGCCCUAAAUACAUCAAACUGUUGGUUAAUAAUGUUUAAUUUACCAACUACUUUAUCAAGGCAAUCUUCCACGUUUUUAAUGCUAUGUUUAUUAUCACGAAUAUCUUUCUCAGUAAUUGUUACAUCGAGUUUAACGCCCUCCAAUUCAACAAGCAUUUCAUUGCUUGUGGAAGGGAAUCCGCAAUAGUUGUCGCUUUUGCUUGACUGUACAGGAUCGAAAUCAUUACAUAACAUUGAACACAACUUAGCUGUUAUGAGGUUCCUGUCUCUGCCUUCUAUUUCCAACACUUUCUUGGAUUUGCGCCAGGAUAUUGAGCUAUAACCAUCACUGUAUUUUUUUUUAUCAUUGCCUGGUGAAGUCCAUUCGCCGACAAAAUCAACAUUCUUGCUUACAAAAAGCUUCAAUUUCUCCAAAUCACCCGUCCAGCAAAGCCGUAGUUCUUGCAUUUCGAUUACAAUACUUGCCACAGAGUAUUCCAGCAAAUAACUCAAAAAAAUUUAAGAAUAAUGUGGAGCGAUAUAUUACACGUCUGAUCGAUCGAUCGAUCAUUUGCUUUGUAAAUGAUUGCCACUUGACAGCAUGAUGUAAGGCUGUAACUAAAGAUAGAACUAAGUGAUAGAAUUCCAAUCAAACUUCAACUUACAGGUAAGUCUCGUUUAAUUUUCCAAAUAACUGGUUAUUUACAGUUCACUGGCCCAGGCUCGAUUUGCCCGCGAAGGCACAGGCGGGCGCGGGCAAAUCGAGCCUGGGCCUCCUGUGAUGUCACAUGUGCUCGUCGAACAAGAAGGAAGAAAAAUUUUUAGCACAGCAAUUGACAGAAUCGAUCUCUAUUCUGUGAUUAUCAGGCACACAUUCUACCCUACAUGGAGUAUUAUGGCUUGACAUUGAGAUCGACCCACUAUAAUCUAAGAAGAUAUGAAGCGUGCUUAAUACAAAAAGUUCCCUAUUCUAUACACAGGUAGGUCAUCAUGGUCAUGUAGUGUGAUGCACUGUGAUCGAACUUGUCAUUUUAUUAAAUAGCUUGCUCACUUGCUGUCGCACAUUCAGUGCCAUUCAACACAGUGCCGUAGCAAUGGACUCAUAUUCAGAUCUUCGUGUUCACAGACCAUAAAAACAAUCGAUUUCAAAAGAAAUUAAUAACGCAGAACACGAAUAUAUGAAUAUGAGCUCCCCAAAGGCUUGCCACGGCACUGCAACAUAAGUCCCGCAAGUCAGAACUUUUCUUGCUGCAGUUGAUUGUCCACCAGCUGAAUUUCUGUCCUCGUCUUUUCAAGAAAAUCCUACGAAAUCCAAAUAUUUUUCAUAAAAUUAAUGCAUUUGGAGUAAUUAUAGAAUACCAGGAUAAAUUCAAAGCUUCAAUGUUGUUGUAAACUUGUAUUAAAGGCCACUACAAGUUAAUCUUUAGUUUCUGGUCCGGCCUUACCUUCGUUUACGACGCGGGUAGGUGGUUAGGAUUAUAGGACAUAAUUACAAUUGUGGCUUUGCCCACAUUUUUGUUGUCUUUCUUGUCCCUUUUCAUGCUAAUUGUAUCAAAAUGUUAUGAAAUUCUAUAUAAAUUGCAUUUAUGUUAUUUAUAAAUCGACAUGUAUGUCAGAUUACAAAGGAUUUUAGAUAUCAAAAUGAUCUAUUAAUAUUUCUAGUCUUUUUACCUCGUAAUCUCGAUAAGGCAGCGUUUGUACCAUUCAAUACUACAUUUUUCUAGGUCUUUUUAGUGACUGUGUAAAUUGAAUAUUUAUCGUUCUAUAAGUUAAGUCCUUCGCGAGAAUUUUCAAGAACUAGAAAUUAAUUGUAAAUAACAAAAUAGUCCUGAAAUAAUACUUUAUGGAGAAAGGAUGCGGGCGGCGGACCAGAAACUAAAGAUUAACUUGUAGUGGCCUAAUGGUACAAACAGUAUAUAAACAUUCUUGUAGUAGAAACAUAAGUUUCAAAUUAUUUAGUGCCUGACCCAUAUAUCCUAUCCCUGACACAUAUCCAAACUGUGACCUAACCCUGACCCAUAUCCAAAUCCUUCCCUAAUCCUGAGCCAUAUCCAAAUCCUUCCCUAAUUCUGAGCCAUAUCCAAACCCUUCCCUAACCCUGACCCAUAUCCAAACCCUGACUGUGGUAACUGACCUAUUAAAGUUAUUCAACAAAAUUUUAUUCCAUGUAUUCAAUCGCGAAAAAAUAUUCAACCACAUUGAUUCAAUCGCGAAAAAAUAUCGCUUUUAUUGGUAUUAUCAGUAUUUUUUUACGGUAUCGGUUUUCAUUUCUUUUCAAAUACUGCAACAAUCUACAUGUAGUGACAUAUAUAGUGAUGUAAUACGCACCUUAUUGGAGCUCAUUUGUACUGAGAGCAAGCUUCAUGUCAGUAUAGAAUGUAGCAUUUCAAUGCACUGCACAGUAUGACCUGCUGGGGCUCAUGAUCUAUGAAUGUUCAUUCCUAAGGGGAAAGGUGGACUGUGAGUGAAAUUGGUAUUCAUUACCAUCCUGUAAUCUUGUAAUUUAUACUAAGGCAAGAAUUUGCCAUUUGUUUAGUUGUUUUAUAUGUCAUAGUCAGUGCCUUUUUUAACUAUAUAUCUGGGGGGGGAGGGCAAUUGCCCCCCAGGGAAAAAUUGCCCCCCCCCCAAGUAAACCAUUUCUGCCCCCGAAGUGCGAAGCAGAAUUGCUCAUGAUUGCUGUCAGAAUUGUAGUUGAUUUACUUGAUAAUGAGAUUAUGCCCUUCCAUAGCCUCCUCCACAGCCAUCUUGUGUGUAAUUCAUAUUGUUCUUCACCGAGUAUUUCAUAAUAGUGAUAGAUUUCAUGCAAACAAUCCGAUAAAAUGCUGGUUCCAAGAAGAAUAGAUUUAGUUUAGAUUUUUAACUGUUAAAUACAUGUAUGCAUCAUCAUAGCAUGAAUAUUUCUUCUCAGAUUUAUUCUGUAUCGUAUGAAAAAGCAACGCAAUUUUGAGAAUGCAGAAAUGGUGUCUCAUAGAACUUAAAAUGAUUUAAAUGCAACAUUUCUGAUCAAAAUCACAUUGUGAUCCCCCCCCCAGCAUCACAUAGAGGAAAUAAGGUGACACUGACCCCUCCUCCUAUUUUGCAAGGUGACUUUUCCAAUUUAUUUAAUUCCGAGUAGAAAUGUCUGGAAAAAUUCAUGUCUUCGAUGUACUUUAUAAUCUUCGGAACUCUUCGGAAUUUCACUCCCAAAAUGCUUGAAAUCGCAAUUCAGGGACCCUAGAUUUCAAAAUUUUCCCCGGGGGUGCAUGCCCUCGGACCCUCCUAGACGGUCUCACGCCUUCGGCGUGAGGUUCGCCCUCCCCCCCCAAAAAAUUAAGGUCUGGCUACGCUACUGGUUAUAGCUGUACGAUUAUAGCUACAAAGAGUUGAAGUUAUUGUUUAUUUAGGUGAAGUUAAUAAAUUAAAUUUUACAAAAUCUCUCUUCAGACUCGCGCGUUCGCCAAACCUCGACGGCUCAUAUUUUUCGUUCUGCCUUUUUUUCCUGUUUUGCCCCCCCAGUGAAAAUUCCUUAAAAAAGGCACUGCGACACGCUUAUGAUUUUUCUUUGUGUGUUAGAGUUAAUUUAUUGGCAAGCAACCACCGGUGAACUUUUUCUAGAUCCUGAUUCAAUUGACUUUGAACAACUUCGGGAGAUAUACCGCUAGUUGUUAAAUUUGUAUCAUCGGCAAACAGACUUGCGUUCGAGAAAGAUAGACAGUUAGGAAGGUCAUUUACAUAAAUAAGAAAAGGUAAUGGACCCAAGUUAGACCCCUCAGGAACUAAUAACAGCCGGGAAGGACACUGUUUGGGAAAUUUUACACAUUUGAGUACGAUUUGUGAGAUAAGAUCGAAACCAAUCUAAUGUCAGUCCAUUGCAUCCGUAUUAAUUGACUGGUUAAAAAUAUGAGUUAAAAUUGGAGCAAUAACUACUGCCGAAUCUUGCACAAGCUUUGGAGGUAUUUUAUCAUGUCCGCAAGCUUUGGAUAUCUUUAAUGUAAUGAGCAACUGAAAUACAUCUACCUCAGACACAUUUGGUAUUUGAAAACUAGGAGUAACAUAUGAUUCAGGUGCAUUGGUAGUAUCUGGUAGUUCGUUAGCUAAAUUUUCUCCAAUUGUCUUGAAAUAUAGGUAUUAAAAGUGUGUGAUAUCUUAUUUGGAUCUUCAGUAACAUCAUUUGAUAUGUUAAGCUUGGUGAUCGUAGUUGUCUUAGAUUUUUAUUUGUUAAUUUAUUAAUUGUGUUCCACAUAUUCUUUGGAUUAUUUUUCGUAUCAUUUAGAACACUCGUAUAAUAACUCCUUUUUGUGUCUUUAAUAAGUUUAUUCAACGCAUUUCGAGCUCUUUUGUAUGUGACAAACAUGUUUUCAGAUCCUGAGUUAAUAGCUUUUUUCUUAAGAAAAUCUCGAUGAUAAAUCUGUUUCUUAAUUAAUAGCGUUUGUCAUCCAAGGAGUGUACUCGCUUUUAACCUUUCUCGUAAUUUGAGGUGCAUGAAUGUCGGCAACAAACAAAAAUCUUGUUUUAAAAUCUUCCCAGAGUGCAUCUGGGUUCUUAUCAUUUAUCGUAUGUUGCGGAAUAUCCCGAAGCUCUGUAAGAAACGAAUUUUUAUCAUAAUGUUUAAAUUGGCGCGAGCGGAUAAUUUUUGGUUCAUUACGUGGAAUGGAUAUUUUUCGACAUAUACGUAGAUUAAACUGUGGUCACUUAUGCCAAGGUGAUCUACACCCGACAUCGUCAUGAGUUCUGGUCUGUUAUAUAAUGCAAGAUCAAUCAGUGUCCUAGAGGCUGCCGUUACCCGAGUGGGUUCCUUAAUCAUUUGCUCAAAUUGAUAAGUACUCGCUAGAGUAGCCAUUCUAACCGUAUGAGAGGCGGCAUUAUUAUUGGCUAACUUGCUCCAAUCACAAUUAAAGUCCCCCAUAAGAAUAGUCUCUUUGUUCUCUAAGUCCAUAUUUAUAAUACAUUCUUCAUAUACCAUUCGAAACAUUCAAUAGAAGCAUCUGGUGGGCGAUACCAAGCGUUAACAAAGAAUGAUUUUGCCUUUGGAGGACAGACCUCAAUCGUGAUUGUUUCAAGAUUUUCAUUCAUUAAAUCAUUUCUUAUUUUGUAAUCAAUUACAUUUCUGAUAUAUAAUGCUACCCCACCACCAUUUCGGUUUCUAUCUUUUCUAACUAUAUCAUAGCCUCUUAUGUUAAUUUCAUAAUUAGAUAUUGUACUGUCAAGCAUAGUUUCGUUUAUACUUAGCAUGUUAUACUUUUGAUUAGAUAAAUAAAUUCGUAACUGGUCUAUGUUUUUGACUAAGCUUCUUAUAUUUAGGUGGCCAAUUUUAAACGGCCUCUCAUUUUCAUAACUGGGUUAUUUGCAUUUGAUUUAAUUUGAUUUGUAUUAUUUAGGACAAAAUUUUUGUAAGAAUUAUCCUCGGUAGCCGGUUUACUUCAAUUGCCCGAAUCCUUAAAUAACCUAUCAAGUUUUUAGCAACAAUGCACUGUAAAUUCUGAGGUGUAAAAUUUACCCCUAUAUAUGGGGGUGUAGUUGAGUGUCCACAGAAUCCCCCGUUUUGGGGGGUAAUAAUUGAAUUAAUUAUAAACAGGGUAAAAAUUACCCCACAGACUUGGGGGUAAAAAAGUUACCCUUGCAUAAGGAGUAAAUACUUUUUCACUCCAUUUUUGAUGGUAAAACAUACCCUAUUUAUUGGAGUAAAAGCUUUACUCCAUUUUAGGGGGUAAAAUAGUUUACUCAUUCAAAUGGAGUAAAAUAUUUUACUCCGUCUUCGGGAGUAAAAAUAGAUGUUCUCUGUCAGUUACAUAUGUAUAGCAAUUAAUGGACAAAACGAGUAAUCAAGCAAUGCCUUGGUGAAAAAUUUUAAUUAUUUUGCAAAGAAUAAUUAAUAAAUACAACGUACAGUACCAUAACAUAGAUACAAUAACGGACCGUUCAUUAUAGCAAGCAACGCUUUACUUCUUUACGUUCUUGGUUAUAAAUACCAAAAUAUUAAAAUGGCAUAACGCAUGCACAGUACAUUUUUAGUGGAAAUUGGAAAAAAAGAUUAUCCAAUAAACUUCGCUAACAUAUCAACUCGAGACAAGCACGUAAUACUACCUAAUACUGCUUACUCUUUGUUCGUAUACUGUACCAAAUCUUUAACGAAUGUUUGGACAGAAAUGCGUUUCUGUCCGUUAGAACAUUCCAAUCCAAAUAAAUAAGAAUCGAUAAAAUAAAAGAAAUCUUUGUGUUCAACUGGGGAAGCAAUAGAAAAAAUAUAGUAAACACAAUACAAACAUGAUAUUACUGUCUCUCCUGGGAGAUGAGUUACAUCUAGCAAAACUUGUCCUUCCACGCAAAUUGCCAGACGAUUGGGAACCAACGGGUUCUCUCCAACGCCCAUGAGCAUCGGAAAAGUUGUCCCACUCACAAAAGCUUGGAAAUCAUCGUCUUCCUAAAAAUAAAACGUAAAAGUAGCAUAAUAUUUUCCCACUAUAAAAGAGAUUAGCAACAGUGUUUAAGUACACUAUGGCAAUUUAGGGGUGCACCGGAACCAGUUUUUUAAGUUCCGGCCGGAACCGGAUUCGACCGGAACUGGAAAAAAGUUCCGGCCGGAACCGGAACUAAUUUAUUGAGCCAUAUGUAGUCCUAUGUUACUUUGUCUGCUGCCAGACAGGCAGACACUUUAAGUCUUCAAGGAGAGAGCUCGCAAAUGUUAGAAUGAAAAGAUUGACAAAUGUUAAACACCAUAAUGAAGUGUUAAUAGUGUACAUUUCCCUUUACGUAGUCCAAAUAUCUUCCUACUAUGACCUUUUGUUAGACACAAAAACGUUUGAUAUUCUAUCUGUCUGAAAACGACAGAGUUCCGGUUCCGGCCAUGCUUUUUUUAUUAGCUCUGGCCGGAACCGGAACUCUAAAAAAUCGGGGUUCCGGCCGGAACCGAGUUCCGGUGCACCCCUACUAUGGCUGCGUUCUAGUACGCUGAUUUGACAUAUAUUCAACAGCAAUUUGUUCAAUAAAGAAUGUAAGACCGUACAAAGAAUAAUUUUCCAACUCUCAACAGUGAAAGAUAGAGUAAAG